CUACACUCUCUCUCUACAUCUUCUGGAUCUAGAGCUUCUUCUUUUCUCUGUUUGUCUCUGUUAUCUUUGAAAAACAACAACAACACAAACACAGACUCCUUAUAUAUAAAAAUUAACAUCACCAAUUAUUAGCUUUCUUUCCUCUCUCUCAUUUCUCUGGUUUCAAACUCUCUCUCCUCUCUCGAACCUCCCAAAGCCAUCAAUUUGUUGCUCGAUCUUUCUCUUCCAAAAAAAAAAGCUUCAAUUUCCAAACCUCUCUUCCUCCUCUCUGAUCUGUAAAAUAAUAACAACAAUAUUCGAUCUCUCAAUUCAAGUUUUUCCUUUUUUUUUUUUUUUUUUUUUUUUUUUUUAAAUAUUCGAUCAGAAAGCUCUCUCUUGCUUGCUUUGUGUCUCAACAAAACCAGAUAGAAUAGAAGAAGCAUUUGGCUGUGAAUGGAAAAAGAGAAAAAGUUUGUUAUAUUGAAAUUAUUAUUAUAGUUUGUGGUAAUAGUAAUAAUAAUUUCAAUAUUUUUCCAAAAAUAUACAAACAAAAAAAGAAAAAAGAAAAAGAGUGAAGGUCACGGACCAUGUUGUAUUUGAAGCAACCAAGCUCCAUUGUAUGCAAAGGAAUCUCGAAGCUCAAGCUGUGGUUAUUUCUAGAAGACUGUUAAUCGUUAUCAUCAUAUUCGGAGAAGAUUGAAUGCAAUUACGAUACUAAUCCCUGAGCUCGACUCAGCUCAGGGUUUUUGAAGUUUAAUUUUUUGUCUCUCUCUCUUUCUCUGUAUCCGUAUCAAUGGCGGCGUGGUGCUUAGAGAACAACGGAGUCUCUUCUUCACAGUCCUCCAUCACUGAAGAGCCUCUCGCCGCUCCUUCCUUCAAUGCUUGUAUGCAGAAAUUCAGGCUCUACGAGACUCGAUCGAAUUUUUACAUGAUAGGGAGGGACAAGGGUAGAACAUAUUGGAGAGUGCUAAAGAUUGAUCGGCUAGACCCUUGCGAGUUAAACAUUCGUGAAGAUUCUACCACAUAUACAGAAAGGGAAUGCUCUGACCUUUUGAGGCGGAUACAUGAAGGAAACAAGUCCACGGGUGGACUAAAGUUUGUCACUACUUGUUAUGGAAUUGUUGGAUUCAUCAAAUUUUUGGGGCCUUAUUAUAUGCUGCUUAUCACAAAAAGAAGACAGAUUGGUGCAAUAUGCGGUCAUACUGUAUAUGCUGUCUCCAAGAGUGAGCUGAUUCCGUUUCUGAAUUCUACUGAUGGGUCCAGUAUCGCUAAUUCUAGGAAUGAGAACAGAUACAAGAAGCUCCUAUGCAUGGUGGAUCUAACAAAGGACUUCUUUUUUAGCUACUCAUAUCAUGUUAUGCGUAGUCUUCAAAAGAACUUAAGUAAUAACGAGACUGGCCAUGUUCUCUACGAAACCAUGUUUGUUUGGAAUGAGUUCUUGACUCGGGAAAUCCGGAAUCACCUCCAGAAUACUCUUUGGACAGUUGCUUUGGUUUAUGGCUUUUUUAAGCAGGCAACACUCUCUGUGUCUGGACGAGAGUUCAAAGUGGCCCUCAUUGCUAGACGUUCUCGUCACUAUGCAGGCACCAGGUAUCUAAAACGAGGUGUAAAUGAGAAAGGUAGAGUUGCUAAUGAUGUUGAGACAGAACAGAUUGUGUUUGAAGAUGUUCCAGAAGGGCUUCCCAUGCAAAUAAGCUCUGUUGUCCAGAACCGAGGCUCAAUCCCUCUUUUUUGGUCACAGGAAACUUCACGCUUGAAUCUUAAACCAGACAUUAUAUUGUCAAAGAAGGACCAAAAUUAUGAAGCUACCAGACUUCAUUUUGAAAAUCUUGUCAAGAGAUAUGGAAACCCCAUAAUUAUUUUGAAUUUAAUUAAGACACGUGAGAAGAAGCCUCGAGAGUCCAUUCUUCGUGCAGAGUUUGCUAAUGCAAUUGAGUUCAUUAAUAAAGAUUUAUCUGAGGAGAGCCGUCUUAGAUUUCUUCAUUGGGAUCUACAUAAACAUUCUCGGAGCAAAGCUACAAAUGUUUUGCUACUUCUUGGCAAAGUGGCUGCAUAUGCACUUACGAUUACUGGGUUCUUCUAUUGCCAAGUAACACCAGCCUUGAGGCGUGAAGGGAGUCUAAGAUGGCAUUCCUCUGAGAAUAUAGAUAAUGGGGACUUAUCUCCUCAGAGGCACUACGACACUGAUGAUGUGGAUGCUGAUAACUUUGAGAGGAAACUCAACGGUGGAAAGCAUGGUGCUAGUAAUGUUGCUAACGGGAAUCAUUCUGUCAAGGAACCCAUGUUCCAAAGGGGAGUGCUCAGGACCAAUUGUAUAGAUUGCCUGGAUCGCACAAAUGUUGCACAAUAUGCUUAUGGAUUAGCAGCUCUUGGACACCAACUUCAUGCUCUGGGUGUUAUAGACAAGCCAAAGAUAGAUCUUGAUGCUCCUUUAGCAGACAAUUUGAUGGGAUUUUAUGAGAGAAUGGGUGACACUCUUGCUCACCAAUAUGGUGGCUCAGCUGCUCACAACAAGAUAUUCUCUGAGAGAAGGGGUCAGUGGAAAGCAGCAACUCAGUCCCAAGAAUUCUUCAGAACUCUUCAACGGUAUUACAGCAAUGCUUAUAUGGAUGCAGAGAAACAAGAUGCAAUUAAUGUAUUUCUGGGGCACUUUCGGCCACAACAGGGCAAACCUGCACUUUGGGAACUGGGUUCAGACCAGCACUAUGAUGCUGUGAGGAAUGGACAAGCAAAUGUUGAUGAAGAUGGAAGGUCAAUUUUCAAACGAUCCUUAUCAGAUGGGAACCUUUGUCGUGAUAUCAUCUCACCCAUAUCAGCCACAAAUGUGAAGCAGGUGAAAAUGUCUCACUCUGCUUUACCUGAUCAAUCACAAGGAGCAAGAAACUUUCUAUCUGAGUCUUCACCAGAAAUCUCAACUUGUGACAGUGAUAUAGCUUUUUCAAGGUAUACUCCUUCAAUGCCUCGCAGGCAGCUUUUUGGAGAUGUGCAAAGAGAUCGAUGCCCUGAGAGUGAUCGCACUUACUAUUGUGAAUAUGGUGAUGCAUCUACCUGCUCAAAUUUUCUUGACCUAGACUGGUUAUCUUCCUCUGGGAAUUCAUGUGAGGAAGACCAAUCCGAGGGGACAUCAGUGCUCACAAAUUCUUCACUUGCUGGGCUCUCAUCAGAAAAUGUUGUCAAUGGAGUGAUGGGAGAAACUACCCCAUCCACAAGUGAAUAUGGAUACAGCAUGAAAAAUUCUGAGGUUCUUGAGGACUAUUCAGCCUGCUUUGUGAAUUGGGUGGACCAAGGAGAGAUGCUGUGUCAUUGAAGUUAGGCUCAUUUCCUCCCCUAAUUUAGUAUAUUCCCACUAUCAUUUCUUAGGCUUCUGCAACGAUGCUGAUCCACUAAGAAGAGACUAAUGAGAGUAUGCAGGCAUAGCGGGAACAAGGGAUGCAGGAAACAGUGAAACCGGGCAUUCUGUAUGACGUAUUUCCAAGAAAGCAAUCCAUCUGGGCUCUACGACUUAAACCAUUAAUAUCCAUCGAAAAAUCCCAGUCAGUACCCGAUAUCAGUAGAAGAGUAAAUAGGCAACAGUUAAAAUUCUUUUUGGAGCUCGUUGUUCACUUCAUCCCGGUCAUGUAAAUAUUAUCACCCUGCUCAUGGAAGCUCCACUUGUAGAAUUGCAGGUCAUUGAUUCUUUUUAAUUGCUUCAUCUUUAUCUGUGGUCAAGCUUGCUUGCGAUCAGGUGUUUGGAUGAUAUCCCUACCAUUGUAGAGGAACUGCCGUUUGAGGUGUCUGGUCCUAGAGCCCGAAGAUAAGUCCCUAUGGACGUUUUGACGUGACUUUGGUUCAUUGAAAUUGACAUUUCUUCAUGCCAAGCUUGCAAGCUUGCUGGCAAUUAGUGUAUGGGAAAUCUUUGUAACAAAAUUGUAAUAGAAAAAUGUGCGGAAUGUUCUUAACUA